CCCUGGCCUAGAGGUACUCACAUUCGCGGCCGAUCUCAAACAGAGAAGUAGCCAUGGCGGAAAGCGUGGUGACCACGGCGAUGCUGAAGCUGGAGGGAAUGGCGUUCGCCACGGUGAAGCAGCAGACGGAGGUGGGGAAGAGGGCGCAAAGGCUCAAGGACGACAUGGCAUGGCUGCAACUGGUGCUGCGGGGCGCCGAUCAGCGCCGGCGGCGAGAGAUCAACGAGUACAUCGAGCUGUGGGUGCGGCAGACGCGCGAGGUGGCCUUCGACGCCGAGGACCUCCUCGACGAGUACUACCACGAAGGGCGGCUGCAUUGCCGCGGCGUCCUCGACCUGCCGUCCUUUCUCCGGUGGCUCCGCCACUCUGCCACCGGCCUCUUCGUCCGCCAGUCCAUCUGCACCGACAUCGACUCCAUCAAGGCCAGGCUUGAUCAGAUCAAGAAGAAGACGGAGGAUAACAAAGACCAGCUGCAGAUCAGCCUCCCCGCCGCCUCCAGCAGCAUUAAGCCCAAGCGCUACGUGGACUGGGAUGCGCCAAGUGGAAGUAACAUAGACAACCUGGUGGUAAAUAAUAAAAAAUUGGAGAAAAUCAAAGGCUACCUGAACAAUCAAGGAGAAACAAGGCCAAGAACUGUAGUCGCCAUCAUGGGGACGAGUGGUGUUGGGAAGACAACAUUGGCUAGCUGCAUCUAUGAGAGCAGCGAGGUCAGAGCCAUGUUUCACUACAUCAUCUGGGUUCAUUUACCCCAGAAAUUCAGGCUGGUGGAUGUCAUCGCCGACAUGGUCCGGCAAACCACAUUCCCAGGAAUGGAGUCUGAUGCAAAGAAGGGUGUACAUGAGAAGGAUGUACAUAAGAAGGAUGUAUAUGACAUUGGUGAGCUUAGAAAUACCCUCAAUGGAAGACUCAACAGGAAGAAGUACCUGGUCGUGCUGGACAAUGUGCGCAGCCCAGAUGAAUUGAACUUGUUCUUGUCCGUGCUACCUGAUUGCCAAGGUAGCACAUUGUUGAUCACGACAGAGAUUAAACCUUACCAUAUGGAUCUUGGUUCCAGUUCAACUAUGAAUGACAGAGAUACCCGUUGGAAGUUGACGAAGCUAUGUGAUCAUCAGGUGGAGCUACAGAAACUGACGAAGGAAGAUGCUAGAAAGAUAUUCCUUACGAAGCUAUUUGGCAAAUUCAGUCCUGGAAAGAAUGUCAAGAAUGCUGCACAUGCCAGGACGAUCGAGAACCUCCUCGACAAGAGCCUUCCAUUGGCUGGCACUCUGUUGGCCGGGCUCCUAAGGACCAAGAAGGAGGAAGUGUGGACUGAUAUAAUAAAUCAACUCAUGCAACAAAGGCACAAAUUAGAACAGCAGCAGCAGCAACAGUUAGAAGAGGGUCUAGCAGAAAUGAAGAGGAUGGACCAAGAACGCGCAGGGCGACAAGAAGCCUUGGUGCAGGCAAAACAGCUGCGAGAUGAAAAAGAAUCCGGGCAAGAAGAUAACCUAUUACAAAAGCAGCAGAUGAUUGAAGAAGUUGAGCAGACAACAGGGCAGCAACAAGGACAACAAGACGCAAUAGAGAAUGCACAUCUAGAAGGGAAUAAAGAACCAGAGCAACAACAGGAGAAACAUGUAUACCGGCAGAUGUCUCAGCUGGACCAAAUACUCAUGCUGAGCUUCGAUGACCUCCCUCCUCAACUCAAACAAUGCUUCCUCUACUUUUCUGCAUUCAAGGCAGAGGAGCCUAUCAACGCGGACAAGCUCAUCCGGUUAUGGGUAGCGGAGGGGCUCGUGCGACCCACUGACGGGCGAGCAACGGAGAAGCAUGGCCGAGAUCACCUCCGAACACUGAUCUCCAGGUGCUUGGUCAAUCUGGUGGAGAAGGACCACAGCAACAACAUCAUCAGUGUCAGCAUGCACGAGCGUGUCAUGGCCUUUGCAAGGUCAGAGGCGCGUGAGAUCAACUUCCUCGAGGUACAUCACAGCACCUCUGACCUUCCUAGCACAGCCAUUCGCCGCCUCUCUGUCCGCAAUGCAUUUGAUCCACACACAAUGCUGGCCCUCGCAACCCCAAAACUCCGAUCAUUGUUGUGUGAGUGCCCAGAAGCACCCUAUGCCGAUGACGGCUCCACUACCUGCGCUUCACACAUCCGCAAGGCAUGGGAGUACAUUGGAGGCCGUGUGAUCAACUUGAACAUCCACCAAUCCAAGUUUCUGCGUGUGGUUGACCUUCAAGGAAUGGCGCACCGAUCAACCUUGCCAAGCGAGAUUGGAUGGCUGAUCUAUCUCCAGUACCUGGGGCUUGCGCGUACCGGCUUGAAGAAACUUCCAAGGUCUAUCAAGAAUCUGCACCGUCUGCAAACACUGGAUAUCAGCAGCACCGAAAUCAAGCAUGUUCCAAAUGGUCUUUGGUGGAUUAAAGCACUCCGGCACGUGCUGGCAGAACGGCUCGAGAAUGGCCCAACCAACACCAAUGCUUUGCACAACCUCCAGACCCUCCAUACGGUGCAAUGCAAAGGCUCUGCACUGAAGAAGCUGAUCAACCUCCGGUCCCUAAGACUAUGGGGAAUUGAUAAGAAGCUAAUGCUUGUGGAGUGUCUUGGGAGAAUGGAGUGCCUCAAAUUCUUGGAUUUAGCAGCAAAGAAUGGGGUUGAGCUCCCAUUGAUCAAAGUGCUAACCAUGUUUGGACUGCGCAGCCUUCAACACCUCAAGUUAGAUGGCCCAGUCAACAAGGAAGGGAGCAGAGAAGUUCACGCUUAUUUGCUUCAUAAACUCACCAAGCUCGAGCUCCAAAACUCAGGAAUGGAACAAGAACAUAUCGACCUUAUCGCCCAGGUACCAAACCUUGCUGGUCUUAUCCUUGGGAAAGAUUCAUACACUGGAAAAGAAAUGAAAAUUCCGACGGAUGGGUUCCCAGAGCUAAAAGAGCUCCAGAUCAACAACUUGGGCAAACUGACCUCCUGGACAUUUGCUCAGGAUGGUGGAUCUACACUCAAACAGCUUCAGCGAGUAUCCAUUCUCAACUGCACUGCACUGACAAAAAUUCCUGAUGAGCUGAGAAAACUACAGCAUCUGGUGUUGUUGGCUGUUUGCAGCAGUCCCGUGAAUUUCCCAUCUGGCAAGUUCGAGUCAGCGAAGAAGCUGUCAAUCAUCAAAGAAGAAAAUGAAGGUAAGGUGUGCCCUUCCACGUGA